GUUCAUUGAGGUUUCUUGGUUCUCGCUCUUAAGUGGCUGUGUCUGGUGCUUUGCUUGGUUGUGAAUGCAGAAGAUAAUGUUUGGGAUUUGUUUUCUCUCUGCACUAGCUUAGACAUUAGUUUUCCUUGUUAGUUUUAUCUACUUUUCAGCUUUGCCAUGUGUUAGAUUCAGAAUUGUGAUAAAUAAGUCUCAGGAAUUCAUGGGAAUAAACAGUGAGUACGAUGUUGUUUUUCUAACUUUCACACACCUAUUUUUUAAUUUGCUGCUACAUUAGUUGAAAACUUACAUCCUAGCUGAGCCUGCUAACUUAUUCAGAGAAAAAGCCUCAAGGAAGUGCCAGAGCAAAGGCAAGACUUGCUCUGAGCAAGGCUGGACCCUUGCUGGCAUUUAUUUAACUUGUUGCCUCUUUUGUUGGGGUUUGUGGCUGCAGCGAACCAGGCUCUUGGGCAAAACUGUCCACUGAUGUAAAGCAACUAAAUUAAUUUGUGUUGGCUAAGAGUCUUUCCCUUCCUGUCCUGACAUAAUUUGCCUCUGUGUCUGAAAUUUUGAGGAAACGUUUUGUAUUUCUUCCAACUAUGCAUAAGAAGGAUUGCAAUGUAGCUAUGCAUUUACUGCUAUGAAGCACGUGUGGCAAAUAUUCACCUUUACUAAUUCAUACAGCUGGAUCUCGGAUCAGCUGGUAAAUCUCCUUUCAGCACAAGAUGUAGCAUGAUGGUUCAUGACAAGAAAGUGGCAUGCAUUUGUGGAAAAGCUGGGAGAGGAGAGAGGGGAGAGGGAAAAGCCUGGCAGAAACCCAAACUUGACUUGGAGCUGCUUAAGCAACCUGGGGAAACCUUUUUGCCCAGAAAUUUUACUUCACCGUGGUUUCGCUGGGUCUGUUCCCAUCGAGGUUAGAUGUAUUUAAGGCUUACAGCUUGUAGUUCUUACUGCAGGCACAAGCUGCCCUCUCGGUGAAUGGUCACGGCUGGAGGGCUACAAACAAUACCGUCCGGGCACGUGCAAAUGGAACUUUAUAUUCUCCAGGGUAAGACCAGCAAAAUAAACAGAUUUACUACUGCUGUUGAUUUAAGACCGAAAGGCACUGACAGCCAGCUCUACAGCAGCGGAAGCGUUGUUACAGCUGGUCACAGAUAAUGGCUCCUUGGCCUGAGGUGGACAAGCCUGAAACCAAUAACUAUAUCGGGGAUUCUUCCAAACAAAGCCAGAACAUGCCGGGAAAAGAAGGAGAAAAUCACAAAGGCAACGUGACUUCACUUGGAAAUAAAGUGGAAAUUCAACCUGCAUUUUCCACAAUAGCCUUGAUAGACGAGACAACACCAGAAGAAGACCCAUGGGCUCUGCCAGAACUGCAGGACACUGGGGUCAAGUGGUCAGAACUGGAUGGAAAAGGAAAAAUCAUUCGUGUACUCUACGGGAUAGGAAAGUUUAUCAUCUUGCUUGGAUUACUCUACUUAUUCGUGUGCUCUCUGGAUGUACUGAGCUCUGCUUUUCAACUGGUAGGAGGUAAAGCAGCAGGGGACAUUUUUAAAGAUGAUUCAGUGCUGUCUAAUCCUGUUGCGGGACUGGUGAUUGGAGUUCUGGUGACCGUUAUGGUCCAGAGCUCCAGUACUUCUUCAUCCAUUGUGGUCAGCAUGGUGUCCUCCACACUGCUGACUGUGCAAUCAGCUAUUCCUAUCAUUAUGGGAGCAAACAUUGGCACCUCAGUUACAAACACAAUUGUGGCACUCAUGCAAGCCGGGGACAGGAAUGAAUUUAGAAGGGCCUUUGCUGGGGCAACAAUCCAUGAUUUCUUCAACUGGCUUGCUGUGUUUGUGUUGUUGCCCGUUGAAGUAAUUUCUGGCUAUCUUUACCAUCUCACUAAUGUUAUAGUGGAGUCCUUUCAUCUUGAAAGUGGUGAGGAUGCCCCUGAGCUACUAAAAGUUAUUACAGACCCUUUUACAAAGCUCAUCAUUGAGCUUGAUAAAUCUGUAAUAAAUGCAAUUGCUACAAAUGACGAAUCAGCAAAAAACAAAAGCCUUGUAAAGAUUUGGUGCGUAACUGAAACCAAUGUGACACUGCAGAAUGUCACAAUUUCACCUUCAGAAAACUGCACGUCUCCUGACCUUUGCUGGACUGAAGGAAACAUGACGUGGACCAUGAAAAAUGUAUCUGAAACAGAAUAUAUCAGCAAAUGCCGGCAUCUCUUUGCAGAAGCAGACCUGCCUGAUCUUGCCAUCGGUCUCAUCCUUCUGGCUUUGUCCCUGCUUGUUCUGUGCUCCUGUUUGGUGAUGAUCGUUAAGCUAUUAAACUCUGUACUUAAAGGACAAGUGGCAACUGUUAUCAAGAAGACAAUCAACACUGAUUUCCCUUUUCCUUUUACUUGGCUAGCUGGAUACCUGGCUAUGCUUGUGGGGGCUGGCAUGACCUUCGUUGUCCAAAGUAGUUCUGUUUUCACAUCUGCUAUUACACCUCUUGUUGGCAUUGGUGUUAUAAGCAUUGAGCGUUCUUAUCCCCUCACCUUAGGAGCUAACAUUGGCACAACCACAACAGCUAUACUUGCAGCUUUAGCAAGCCCAGGCAGUACAUUAAAAUAUUCAUUACAGAUUGCCUUGUGCCACUUUUUCUUCAAUGUCUCCGGGAUAAUUCUAUUUUACCCGCUGCCUUUUACCCGGCUCCCAAUACGGUUGUGCAAGAGUUUGGGGAACAUAACAGCCAAGUACAGAUGGUUUGCUAUAUUUUAUCUUCUUGUCUGCUUCUUUCUUUUGCCUUUGUUUGUAUUUGGUCUGUCACUGGCAGGCUGGCCAGUCCUUUUGGGUGUUUGCCUUCCCUUGUUUGCUCUGUGUAUUGCUGUGAUUGUAAUUAACGUUAUGCAGACGAAACGACCACAUUCACUGCCUGAGAAGCUCCAAAACUGGGAUUUCCUACCCAUCUGGAUGCACUCUCUAGAGCCUUGGGACAAUAUGAUUAUGUCUACAGUUGCCUUCUGUGGGAAACACUGCUGCGGUUUCUGCAAGUGCUGCAAAGUCAAUGCAGAACAGGAGGGUGCCAAAGACAAUCAGCUAAAAACUAUGGAGGUUUAUGAAAACACCAUUGCAAUGGCUGAUGAAGAAAGAGGUGUAAGAAGGGCACCAGCUGCAGCUUGUGUUGAAAAAACAGGCACAAACAACACAGCCUUAUAGUAGUGGAUCAACAGAGAUACAGCAUAGGAUGGUUAGUCUCUUGAAAACCAUCUUGGACAAUGCACUGAGGACAGAGUGAACAUUUUGUUAGGUUCCUGCAGCCAGUGAUAUAUCACUCAUCAAGGAAUGGAGUCAAAUAAGCUUGACAGAGUCCCUAGAAAAUCUAUGAUCAUUUGAAACGCUAAAGACAGAUUUGCUUUCAGAGGAUCUACUGUGUUGUACGUUCAUCCAAUGCUAUCAGUAGCAAACCAAAGAAAUCCUGAUGUAGUCCCAUGAACAGAGGGAUGAAAGGAAUGUGAUCAAUUCAAACUUAAUUAAAAAAACAACCAACCAAACAAGGCACCUGUAGAACAGCCUUUCUGGCCUAUUGGCUUAUUCAGCAAAAAUUACUUUGAUACCCCAGAUGCUCUGGAAAUGAAAAAAAAAAAAAAAAACCAAAACAAACUAACAAAAAGCAUCCAAGCAUUUUCAUUGGCCUGCCUGCAGUGGCUGCAGUAGUCAAAAUGGAAAACAGUAUUCCCAAUAUAGACAAAAUCUAUUGUCCGUGUGUGGAGAAAAGUGAAAUGCUGGGACAUCCCUCAGAAGCUCUGGGAGUCCUGGUCUGGCAUAAGGGUAUGCAUAAGCCCAUUUUGAGCCUUCUGUCUCCUGUAACACUGGGGACAGGAGCUGUUGUCUUUUGUCAUCUCACGCUAAAGGCCAAAAAGUAAUUGCUGAUCCCUUUGCCUGCUGAAGGUUAAGCACUGGGUUUGGAGAGACAGUGGCUAUGAAAGAGCUUGAUGGGCUCAGGAUGUGGUUGCGUGGCCAUUCCUCUGUCUAGAUAGUCCUCCCCAGUCCUGUUCACCAUGUAACCCCACAAGCUCUUGCCCUGGCACAAUUAGAGGAAUGGUUCAGGAGGGAGGACAAGUGGCUGGUGUAGGUGUGGAGAGAGCCACUCAAGUCUGGGCUGACGCCAAGAGACCUGUGUGCAACUAUGGCUCUGUCUGGCUGAGCCACAAAAUGACCUUUAAGAGCAGCUGUGGAGCUAUAAGAGUAGCUUUAGGGCUACAAAAGAGGGAACCCAGAGAGAAGAUUAUGGCUAGUGCGGGACAUACAGUAGCAUUUAAUGGUGAGAAAGGAGUGUUGACUCUGCGCCAUCCCUGUAUGCUCCUUGGAAAUAACGUGAAUUUUACUGGCAAUUGAAUGUAGCAGUACAAAUCCCCUGUAAAAUCCGUAGGUAGUGUAGUCAUUGCCACUUGUAGUCCAUCCAUAGGUAGUGUAGCACUUGGUGUGAAGCUGCUUGUGCUUAGAUCUUACCAUUACUGAUGUUCUACUAAAUGUUCAUGAGACUGCUCUGAAUCACAGACUUAGAAAAGGCAUCAUUUCAGUGUCAGAAAAAGAACAUUUCAAAGACGCAUUGAGUACUUCUGCUGGCCCUCAAUAGCUUAGAUAUGAGUGAGCACGGGAUAAUAUCUGAGGUCCAACCACUAAAAGAAAAAAAAUCGUGUGGUUGGGUGUAGGCCAACCAGUAUAAUUUAAAGCCAGUUUAUAUGGCUGAGUUGAGAUUACAUUUGUAAUGGAAAUGCUGAGAAGACCUUUAGUUUAGCAUAGCCACUCAGUGCUGCUAGAACACAUUUACCUCUGAACAGUUUGUUUUAUGCAAAGCACUAGGAUCAGUAGGCUGCAUUCAGCUAUCAGGUAAGCACACAUUUUAGAAGGGGAUUUUUUUUAAUUUCCUUUUAAAGAUGACAUUUAAAAUGGCAAACUAAGUUGCCUAAAACAUGUUUGCAAAUUACAUUCAUACUGAGAGUCCAACUGUUGCUACAAUUGUAAGCCAAUGACAAAAUGCUUAGAAUCAGAGUGAUUUUCCAAAAGCAUUUAAUUUUGGUGUAGUUCUGCUCCUUGUAGGCUUAGUAACAGAGCAGAGUUAUACCUAACUAUUCUUUUGAAAAGUAUUUACCUUCUCCUUCAUAUAGUUCAAACAGAAUUUUGUCAGCAUCUCAUUUUCAAAGUGGAAUUGUGGUAUCUUCAAUAAUUGUUCUUCAUUUUAUUCUCAGUUCAGGAUGCUUUCAUGAUCUGUGUUUCUUUAGAUCCUAGCGUGCAUUUCCCAUGCUCUGUUUCUACAGAAAAAAAAAUGUGAAAAUUAUCCAGAAUUAUUUCAAAGUUAUCUUAAGCAUCCAUUGAACACCCACUGAAACAGGAAACAUUUUCAUCUACUCUUACUCAUUUCUUAACAUGCACCUUAUUUUGCAUCUCGAAGUAAAGCCAUCAAGCACAGUGAUAACUUUCAGCAAAGCAUUAGAGGAAAAGCAGUUCUUGUAAAAGAAUCAGGGUAAAAAUUAUGAUUGGACUUACCAGUACUUUAUGUUCCUCAUUGUAACAUUUCCCAUAUGAUAUAUUCAGUUCUCACUCUCCUUGCUGGUGAACUUCAGGCCAUAUUGUGCCUUUGUUUUAGGCAGAUUCCAAACAACGACUUCUGAUUAACACUUGGCAGCACAACAUGUCCUGGUAUAUUUCCCCCCCUGCUCUUAACAAAAGAUAUUUACACUUUAUUUAUAAUUAUUUGAGUGUACAGAACUUUUCAUAAGUUAUACAGAAAGAGGUUCAUGUGAUUGUGUUAUAUAUUACGUAUUUGAAAACUAUGCAAUGUUUAUCUAUAAAAAUGUAAAAAGGAACUACUGUAUAUUUUGUAAUAUAACUUUUAAAAUUGUUCGUAACUGUGUAUACUGCGUAUUAUGGAGGCUGUUGGCUCCUUCAAUGGGUUACGUAAAGAUUGUUUGUAAUGCAGAGACAGAUUUCUUAAAAUAAGGAUGGAAGACACCUGCAUACUUUCAUCAUAUGGCUUAAUGCACAAGGAUAUUGAACUCCACUUUUCUAAAAGAUUUGAAUUUUCUGUAAUGAGGAAUUUUGGAAAUACAUUGUUUCUAAAAUACUUUUUUAAACUCUCAAACUUUAUCACUUUUACUGUUUUUAGGACAGUAUAUGGCUUUAUACUUUGUCCUGAAUACUCAUCUUGUCUGUCCUCGUGCAUCGAAUGUAAAAAUAAAGAGAAGUUUUAAAAAAUUAAGAUUUUUUUCAUACUGUUUAUACACAUAUCAUGGAAGCUUGCAGAACAACAUAGUACAACAUAAAGGAACUGAGGUUAGCCCCAGGCACUAAAGAAACCCAUCAGAGGGCUGUUUCCAAUAAAGGUUUUCAUAUGAAGAAAAAAAAAAAAUUGCUCAGUGCAAUUGCGCAGGUUGAAAUGUCUUCCAGCAGGGUUCUGCAGUCUGUCCUCAGUGAAGGUAAGCACAGGAGACCAAAGCCAAGGCUUCUGUAACAACCAGAUGCAAAUGGCCUGUUUCACUGUGCUAGGCUCAGAUUCUCCCUUCUACAUGAAAGAUGGCACACAGAGUAUUUCCAAAAUGCUUCCCUUGACAUGAGUGACGUCUGGCUUAUGACUAGGCAAAAAUAGCCAUCGUGCUCUUUUUUUUUUUUUUGAUUGCAUGUGAUCUUAAAAUGAAGAGAUGGAGAGAAAUAAAAAGUACUCCUUAAAUGCCUGAAAGAUUAUUUUAAAAGGUUGUUAGGUUUCCUAACUCUAAGCUCAGCAGAAGCUGAGGAAGCAGCCCCCAAAAAAACUGCCAUUUAAAACUAUACCAUAUUUUAGUGAAAUGAAGAUAACAGAAGUAUUUCCUAUAACAUAAAUAUUUAUGCAAUACAGUAUAAACAGUCUUCUUCUAAAAUGUAAGCAGUAAUCACCCUAGGCCCAUGAUUUAAAACUUACAGCUUCUUACACUCAAGCAGAAAUAUUGCAAUUCCGUGUGCCAUCAGCCUCCAUGACUCACUGUCCAUCAGGAAUCAAAGCACGUCCAGGAAACAUGCACAGGUUGUGCCAUCCAUCUCCCAGUUUCCAAACAGAC